ACACUGCAGCACAGAGAGGAAGAAGCCAUUUCCACCAACUCAACUCUCUCUCUCUCUCUCUCUCUCUCUUGACAGAAAAAAGGAAAAUCUUUUCAUUGAUUUUUUUUUUCCCCUAGUUCAACUGUCGCGAACUUUUCUCGGGAACCAAACAAGAUGGCGCCAGAGUCAUCAGCAACAGAAGAUGAUGGAAAAGCUUGGGAAGAUGCUCUGAGAAAGAUGCUACCAGCAGGUGCGCCAUUGCCAGACGAAGAGCACCUCGAUUACUCAAUAGCCGUCGAAUACCAGGGUCCUCCAGUUCCUUACCAAGUCCCUAAGGUUGAUCCCCUUGACCUCGAUUCCAUUCCUGUUCUCUCUUCUACGGUCUCUACUGUUUCGGACCUUUCCUUGAUCCCGGUCGCCAUGCCGAUCCAUCCGAAGCACAACAGGUUCAAUCGAAUCAGAAAUGGAAAUGGAAAUGGAGUUGGAGUAGGAGGUUAUAGCAGGGAGCUCAAAACUCCCGAAGAAAGACAUAGAUUCUCUCCUGCUUCUGCUUCGGCUUCAAGAACUCAAUUCGAGCUACAGAGCAGCAACGAAGAAGUACAUGAAUUCACGAACGGAAUCAGAGAGGUUGAAGACUCGGAGGAGCCAAACGUGAACGGAGAAGGAAAACGAGCUCCGGUGGUGACAUUCAACACGCCAAGGGAUUCGGAGGAGGACGAAUCGGACGCGUACUCUAGCGCCGCCGAAUUCCCCGUAGGAUCGCGAGGCGAGAAGGAGAAAUGGUGGUCAAGGAAGCGAGGAGUGUGUUGUAGGUGUGGGAAAGGGAAUAGGUUGAAAGAGAGAGAGCUGUGUGUGGUUUGUGAUGCUAAGUACUGUAGUAACUGUGUGUUAAAGGCGAUGGGGUCGAUGCCGGAGGGGAGAAAGUGUGUGAGUUGUAUUGGGCAGCCGAUUGAUGAGGCGAGGCGAGGCGGGUUGGGAAAGAGUUCAAGGAUUUUGACAAAGGUUUGUAGUCCAUUGGAGGUUAAGCAGAUAAUGAAGGCAGAGAGGGAGUGUGCCUCCAACCAAUUAAGGCCGGAACAGUUGGUUGUGAAUGGGAGGCAGUUGCGGCAGGAGGAAUUGGCGGAGAUUCUCGGGUGUUCUAUGGCGCCGCAGAAGUUGAAGCCCGGGAAGUAUUGGUAUGAUAAGGAUUCUGGCCUUUGGGGAAAGGAGGGGGAGAAGCCUGAUCGGAUAAUAAGUUCCAAAUUGAAUGUUGGGGGUAAGCUUAAGCAGACUGCGAGUAAUGGGAGCACCAAAGUUUACAUUAAUGGCCGUGAGAUCACCAAGAUUGAGCUCAGAGUGUUGAAGUUGGCCAAUGUACAGUGCCCCCGGGAUACCCAUUUUUGGGUGUAUGAUGAUGGAACUUAUGAGGAAGAAGGUCAAAAUAACAUAAAGGGGAAUAUAUGGGGAAAGGCGUCCACUCGUUUCAUUUGCUCGUUACUUUCAUUGCCUGUUCCACCUGGUAAUCCUCAUGAGGUGAAAGAAGAUCCAGCCGUUAUUUCAGGUAGGUCUGUGCCUGAAUAUUUGGAGCAGGGAAGAAUUCAGAAACUUAUGUUAUUUGGGUUGGAAGGAUCUGGAACCGGCACCAUCUUCAAGCAGGCCAAGUUUUUGUAUGGGUACUUCACUCCAGAAGAGAAGCAGAAUAUCAAGCUGAUGAUUCAAAGCAAUAUGUACAAGUAUCUUGGUAUAUUACUUGAGGGCCGAGAGCAAUUUGAAGAGGAAGUAUUGAUGGAGAAAACAACUACUUCUUUGAAGACUGAAGAGUCUGCCCCAGGACCUGAUGAAAGCAAUGCAUGCAUCUAUUCAAUCAACCAAAGGUUCAAGCAUUUUUCUGAUUGGUUACUGGAUAUUGUGGCUACGGGAGACUUGGAUGCUUUCUUCCCAGCUGCUACACGUGAAUAUGCUCCAAUUGUAGAUGAAGUUUGGAGGGAUCCUGCCAUUCAGGAAACAUUCAAGAGAAGAGAGGAAUUGCAUUGUCUUCCUGAUGUUGCUAAAUAUUUCUUAGAUCGGGUUAUAGAGAUAUCAAGCAAUGAGUAUGAACCUUCAGACAAGGACAUUUUAUUUGCAGAGGGAGUCACCCAGAGCAAUGGUCUUGCCUUCAUGGAAUUCUCAUUUGAUGACAGAAGCCCCAUGUCUGAGACAUACAAUGAGAACUUCGAAUGCGCACCUCCCUUAACUAAAUACCAACUAAUUCGCAUAAAUUCUAAGGGACUGCAUGAUGGUUGCAAAUGGUUGGAAAUGUUUGAAGACGUGAGGGCAGUGAUAUUUUGUGUUUCCUUGAGCGACUAUGAUCAGAUGUGGGCCCAUGGUACUGGUCCUUUUCAUAAUAAAAUGCUUGCAAGCAGAGAUUUGUUUGAGAGUUUGGUGAGGCACCCUUGUUUCAAAGACACCCCUUUUGUGCUCCUGCUGAACAAAUACGAUGCCUUUGAAAACAAGAUAAACCAGGUUCCUUUGUCAACUUGUGAAUGGUUCAGAGACUUCAGCCCUGUGAAGCCUCAUCACAAUAGUCAGUCCCUGGCACAUCAGGCAUACUACUACGUGGCAGUCAAAUUUAAGGAGCUAUAUACUUCCAUAAGCGGGCGGAAGUUAUUCGCGUGCCAGACACGAGGUUGGGAGCGUACAUCAGUUGAUGAGGCAUUCAAGUAUAUAAGGGAGGUCCUCAAGUGGGAUGAAGAAAAGGAUGAAAAUAUGUAUGGAAUUGCUGGAGAUGAUUCAUUUUACAGUACAGAAAUGAGUUCCUCUCCAUAUAUUAGGCAGGAAUGAAUCUCUUUUUUGUUUAGCUUGGGUGAGCCAGCAGUUUGAAAUGAAUGAACGAGGACCUACUUUCCAUUUCCCAUACUUUUUGCUGCUCUGAAUAUUUGGUAGAUAUUUAGUGCUUAACAUGACAUGAUGGAGUAAAGGAAGUGAGGUCCAUAUGGCUGUAAAUGUGCUGUGAGCUGGUAAGUUCAGGAUUGUUGAGUACUUCAAAAUUAGCUUGAUCUGAUUUGCAAGAUUGUAAAUUUUUGGCAUAAUUUGCUUGCCUGUAUAGUAUAGAUUGUUCAACAUGAAUAAGUUUUCCUAAGUAAAUUUGUUAUAUUUGUUGUAAAUGAAGAAAUUCCCUUUUCUCAUUACACCUUCAUUCUGGAACUCACCAACAAUAAAUUUCAAUGAUAUGCUUGGCAACUCACCUUUGAGUUGUCUUAUUGGACUGGAUGA